GUGAUGGUGAUGUUGAGGAUGUGAUGGUCCUCCUCAGCCUCCAGUAGGCUACAACAAACCUAAACCUGGCUUUUGGACAGCACCACCAGCAGCAACAGCACCAGCAGCAGCUACAGCACCAGCUACAGCUACAGCAUGGGCGGCUAGUAGCGCUCAACAGCCAUGGGAGCCAAACAGAUGAAGUGCUUGAGUGCGUCCAGUCCGAGCCACGCUUCUAAAGACGAGUACAUCAUCGCCCGCUCAGAGGAACAGGAGACUGCCACCGACCAGCCGUCUCUAGACUCACUCACCGAGAAAGAGGAUGUAGAGAAGUCCUGUGUGCCCGGCCCCGGCCGCCACCUCGACGCUAAGCAUGCUGGGACAGCGGAGGAGUGCCAGGAGGUGGUGGUGUCCAUAAAGGAAGCCCAGCUGCUGUCCAGUGCACCGGCGGGGGGGACCAACCCUCACGCAAAGCAUGCUGGGCCAGUGGAGGACCCCUCCUCCUCCUCCUGGGAGGACCAGCUGUUUGCCCAGCAGGAGCAGCUGGAGAAGGAGAUGCAGGAGACGCGCAGGAUGGUCACACGACUACAGGCUCUCCUGCUCCACGGCUCGCUGCCCGAAGAUGAGCAGGGAGGAGGAGGAGGAGGAGGAGGAGGAGGAGGAGGAGGAGGAGGAGGAGGGGGCCUGGUGGGAGCCCUGGGCUUCACUGGAGAGAACGCAGAACACCAGAUGGUAUUAAUCCGCAGUCGACUCGACCAGAGCGUGGAAGAAGCUUUGGACCUGAAGAGGGAACUGAUGCGAUAUAAACAGGAGGCCCGCAACCUUCAGGCCGUCAAGGAUGCUCUGCAGCAGCGCAUGUCUGCCCAGGAGGACGCUGUGUUGCAGCUCAAGCAGGAGCUGCUGCGGUCCAGCAUGGCCAGAGAGGAACUAGCGGGGCAGAACGUGGAUCUGCAAAGGAAGCUGAGUGAACGCAACAGACUACUCACUGACUAUAAGAAGGAGCUUGGUCAGAAGGACAAACUGUUGCAGCAGCAACAACACAAACUAGACGAGGCACUGAGGAGAGCCAGCAGCAGUCACCGGCUGCCUGGAUCUGAUAAUAAUGGCUACAGUCACAUGAUGGAGGGCCCGCCUCCACCCUAUCAACAUAGCCCUGUGGAUGACCUGCAGCUGGUGCGUGAUGCGUUGCGUAGCCUGAGGAACAGCUUCGGUGGUCACGACCCCCAGCACCACACGCUGGACACCCUGGAGCAGGGCAUCAGUAGCCUUAUGGAGAGACUACACACACAGGACAAGAAGAUCUCACAGGGCCACACAAAGUCUCCAGGGAGGAGAGCCAAUCACACAGACCGGGAAUCAUGGCCCCCUAGCUCCAAAAUGGCCCACUCCCACAGCAGUCCUGUGCUCAGUGCGUCUGUAUCCACAAAAGUCCUCUACUUCACAGACCGCUCUCUCACACCCUUUCUCAUCAACAUCCCCAAGAGGUUGGGUGAGGUCACGCUGCAUGACUUCAAGGCGGCUGUGGACCGACACGGCAACUUCAGAUACCACUUCAAAGCCUUAGACCCGGAGUUUGGCACCGUCAAGGAAGAGGUGUUCCAGGACGAUGCCGUUGUGCCAGGCUGGGAGGGCAAGAUCGUGGCCUGGAUCGAGGAGGACCACGGCAGCACCAGAAUUAACUGACACACCUAAAUGUAACUUGAGGUGUUCCUGCGCAGUCCGCCACUCGGGGCUCGAACCCGCCACCUCCUAGUCAACGCAUCAGUUCGUGCAUGGGAGGCACAGCACGAUACCGCUGAGCUUAAGGACCAUUCUGAUACUGUAUGAGGCUUCGGGAGGGAGGUUUACUAACGUUCCAUACCACACUCUGCUAGUUGGCCUCCAUUACGGUACACUCAUCCCGCUAAAUCUCACUCCCACUUAAUUGAGGCAUACAUGAACCAGGUGUGUGUAUGUAUGUGUGCACCUGCGCUGGCUGCACUGUAUGUGUACACAUGAACCAGGUGUGUAUACAGUGUAUGCACCUGAACAAGGUGUUUGUCCAGCCUUCACCCCUCUUCACCUGAGCAACUCAUCCAGGUGUGUGUGACUGUGUGCUUGUGUAUACAGCCACCCCUCUCCUCAUAGGAAGAACUCUGUGGACUCACAUAGCCAGGUGUGUAUAUAGGCACCUAAACCAGGUGUUUGUUCAGCCUUGAGCACCUUAUCCAGGUGCGUGCUUGUGUGUACAGCCUGCCCAUUGGUCAUAGGAAGAGCCCUGCACUACGAACACACAGGAACAAUGAACGCUGAGCCUCAGGAUGGACCAGCAAUGGAGGAAAGACGGAGUAACUGUGAAGAAAAAAAAGAAAAGACAAACUUGCUCGCCACGUUGAACCAUUUAGCGACUGUGUGUUUGGCUAGUAAGAUUUCAUCUACUAGCCAUUUUGGCCGGUGGUGAAAAAUGAUAAGUAAGGGCCCUGGAUACAAUGUUUCGAGUCAUCAGGGUCUUCAUCAGGCAUGUCUGCCUCAUGGGAGAUGGGUUGAAACAUUGUAUAUCUCUUGAAUAAACCUCCAAUCGGACUUGCAGUGUGCGGACCUUUACUCUCUCUGUGACUGGGAAGUGUGCCAGUACCAGCUAUAUGCUGGUCAUGUGUGAAUACCUUCAGGGUUGGAAAUGUGUGGAGUAUUUGAACAUUGGGACAUUGUGCAUUGGGAUGUGUUAAUUCAUAACAAAUACUCAUCGUGGCCAUGGACUUUGUAAUGCCAGAGGAUAUGUGGUGUUUGUGGAGUAUUUGAACUGUACAGUGUCGAUGUAUGUAAAUACUACUCGUGAUUCCUGCACCAGUGUGCACCCCACACCUCACGCAACACCUGCACAUCAUUGUUUAUUCACCAGGGAGAUGAGG